AUGUUUGCCUUAAUCUUUGACGAAAUAUCAUUGAAACCUUCUCUGGUGUAUGACCAACAAAAGGAUCACGUGGUUGGAUUUGAGGACUUUGGUGGUUUACGAAGUGAUUCAUUUGCCAAUCAUGCACUGAUAAUAAUGCUGAGAAGUUUGACUAGCAACAAAAAUGUACCACUUGGUUUUUACUUCUCAAGCCAUGCCAUGAAUGCAGAACGACAUCGAGAUAUCAUAAUGGAGGCAUUGUCUUCUGCUAAUGCUCUGAUUUGUGACCAGGGUGGAAGUAAUUGUAGAUUGUUUAGUCUCCUAAGAACAGAAUCUGAAAAGCCAUUUUUCUAUUUUAAUGGGCAGAAGGUUUUUUGUUUGUUCGAUCCGCCACACCUUUUAAAAAAUUUACGACGGAGCCUUAUGAAAUAUGACCUCGAGACUUAUAAAGAACUUGUGUCAUUCAAACACAUUCGAGACUUUUACACAGUGGAUCAAACACUUCUUGUUCGCUGUGCACCAAAAAUUACUGAUGCAUACAUAUACGUGGCUGUAUGA